AUGAUCGUCUACCUGUCGAAUUUCCGCCUGUUGAGGAGGGUUGAUCUCAUCCCCACCACGCGCAAACGCACGACCGAGGCUACGUCUAAGAAGCUGGAGGAGGUAUCCGCGCAGAUUGUGGAUCGAAAGAAGAACGAGAUCCGAUCCGAAAUGCAAGCUGAAGUGCAGGCAAGAGGCGAGGGUCAGGGUAUUGGUUUCACAAAGGAUGAUUUCGAUGAGAAGGAUUCUUCGGCUGCCGGGGCGGGAAUUUCGGGCGCCAACCAGACAGCAUGGACGCUUUGGCUACUCGCACAGAACCCUCAUAUCCAGACCAAAUUGCGAGCCGAAAUUCACGAUCAGUUCGGUACCGACAUGGAACGCGAUCCGGGUUAUGACGAGCUCAUGUCGAUGGAGUUCCUCGACGCAGUCUGCAAGAAAUCCUUCCGAGUGAAAUCAGCCGUCCCCGACACCAUCCGUGUCGCCAACACCACCGCAGACGUUCCCCUCUCCAAAGCCUACCCCACCUGUGACGGGAAAUCCACAGUCACCUCCGUCCAAAUUCCCAAAGGCCUCGAAUUCAUCGUCCCCAUGCAAGUCAUCAACUUCGACACCGACAUCUGGGGCCCCGACGCAGCCGAAUUCAAUCCGCAACGCUGGCGCAACCCCACCACCUUCGCCCGACAAAGCGGCCUGCCCAUGCACCUCAUGACCUUCAUCAGCGGCCCCCGAGGCUGCAUAGGCAACCGCUUCGCUCUCGCCGAAUUCAAAGCCAUGCUCGCCCACCUUGUAGGAAACUUCCACUUCGAGGAAGUCGAAGGCUGGUAA